GGUGGGAAAACAUAAGGCACCCUUUCGCUCUAUCCCCUCCAUUGUUUGAGGUUUCGGUGAAGGGAUUGACAGGCACCGCAUGUACCGCUGGAAUAAUACUGAUAAAGGGUGAGUGUGUGCGCGUGUGUGUGUGUGAGGGCACCACCCAUCAGCGCAGGAGGAGGAUGUGAUGCCAGAGCCAUAGCAGUUCCCGUUUUCUGUCCAGCACCGUGUUUGCGAGAGUGGGGCCGAAGGGGAGGCGCCUCCCACUCUGCAGACAUGUUUGAAGUCAAACCCCGGCCGGUGGAGAAGAAAGAAUCGAGCACUGAGACAGAUGAGGGGCUGGGCAGCACCGGGAAGAACUACGGCUCUGGCUCGCUGGGUUCCGGUUCGGCAGGAUCCGGUUCCCUCUACCUGUCGGACAGUCAGGACUGGGUGGUCUCACCCAUCUGCUCCCCGGACGAAGGCCCCGGCCAGCACAGCGCCAUCUCCCCCGUGCUGGCGGAGGAAACUUUCCGCUACAUGAUCCUCAGUUCCGAUCGCGUGGAGCAGAUGACCAAGACGUACAAUGACAUCGAAGUGGUCACGCACCUUCUGGCCGAGCGGGACAGAGACUUGGAGCUGGCAGCUCGGAUCGGUCAAUCGCUUUUGCAGAGGAACCACCUGCUACAGGAACGCAAUGAGGCUGUAGAAGAGCAGUUAGCGCAGGCUCUGGACCAGGUUCACCAGCUGCAGCAUGAGCUCAGUAAGAAGGACGAGCUGCUGCGGAUGGUGGCCAGCGCCUCGGAGGAGAGCGAGACCGACUCCAGCCUGUCGACGCCGCAGCAGCAACCUCAGCCACGGGGAGGGGCCACGGCCGCCGCCGCCCUCAGCCAGCUGGAGUCGCUGCAGGGCAAACUGCAGGACCUGGAGGAUGAGAACCUGAUGCUGAGGUCUGAGGCCUGCCAGCUAAAAAGAGACACCGUCACCUAUGAGGAAAAGGAGCAGCAGCUUGUGAGCGACUGUGUCAAGGAGCUCCGUGAGUCCAACAGCCAGAUGGUGUCUCUGACGGAUGAGCUGUCCCAGAAGAACGAGGAGCUGCUCAGACACCAGGAGGAGAUCGCUCAGCUGCUCUCACAGAUAGUAGAACUACAGCAUAGAGUGAAGGAGCUGGCUCUGGAGAAAGAGGAACUGAGGAUCCACCUGCAGGCCUCCAAAGAUGCUCAGAGACAGCUCACAGCAGAGUUGAAUGAGUUAUCAGAGAGGAAUAUGGAGUGUGUCGAGAUGCUCCACGAGUCCCAGGAGGAGAUUAAAGAACUUCGAAGUAAAAACACUCCCACCACCGGGAUGCGAAGGCACAUUUCCUACGGCCUCUACCCCAUGGACUCCCUGGCAGCUGAGAUCGAGGGCACCAUGAGGAGAGAGCUCAGUUCAGAUGAAGAGUCAGCCUUUGAGCACCAAAGAGAUUCACAGAAGCGAGUUUUCCAGACAGUCCGCUCCAUCAAUGCCUCAACAUCGCGGCCAGCUUCAGCCACCCCUCCCAUCCCCGGCUCAGGACAGAGCUCUCUAGUGAUGACCGCCCAGCCCUUCCCCUCUGUUCAAGGAGAGGAGGUGAGGAUGGGCCAACCGGGCUCACCGGGCGGGAACGACCUCACCAGAGCCCUCCAUCGCCUGUCGCUGCGGAGACAGAACUUCCUGUGCGAGCGGCAGUUCUUCCAGGCCGAGCGCGAGAAGAAGCUGCAGGCGCUGUCGGGGGCGGAGGCGGACGGGGAGGGCAGCGGCUUCAGCUCACCGAUGAGCAGCGUCCUCUCCUUCUCCAACCUGUCAGACAUCUCCAUCAGCUCCAGCGUUUUCAAGACCUUCCUGCCUGAGAAGCUUCAGAUCGUCAAACCCAUGGAAGGCUCGCUGACUCUCCAUCACUGGCAGCAGCUGGCCAAACCGCACCUAGCCACCAUCCUGGACCCCCACCCCGGCGUAGUGACCAAGGGUUUCCGCCCACUGGCUCAGGACGCAGUCUACCGCCUCUCUGACAUGGAAGAGGACGAGGAGGACGAAGAGUACAGAGAGAGAGGGUCCGGGGCUGUGGAGAAGGGCGCAGCGGAGCGAGGUAAAGAAGAGGAGGAUGAGGAAGAGGAGGAAGGCGGGAUCACCUUCAAAGUGCGCUAUUCGUCUACGCCGGAGGAGAGGAAAGAGAGAAAGCUUUCUGUGUCGCCGCUUCCCGUGCCUCCUCUCUCCUCCUCCCCCCUGCCAGGAACACCUACUGCUACCUGCUCGGUCAGAUCGGGCUCAUGUGCGACCCCCGGACCCCUACACGUCACAGAAAAAUCCAGCCAAUCAUCUCAGCCCAUUCCAGUAGUCUCUACAGCAACGGUCCAAUCACAGAGUCAAAUUUGCACCUUGACAACAUCCACAACUACAACUACAACAACGUCUUCCUCUGUCCAAAAUCCAGGAAAGUGUCAGAGCACCACCUUCUCCACCUACACCUACACAACCUGCCGAAUCCUGCACCCUAGUGACACCACACAGGUGACCCAAAGUUCUCAAACGUCUCUCAUGGCCAACACCCCCAGCUCCAUGAGGACAGGUCCCAGCACCCCCGUGACUCCCUGCAGAUUAAGUCUCGGGGACUGCUUCCCCCCUCGACGACCCCCCGCGCCUGUAAGCAGCCUCACCAAGCUGGUCCUGGAGAGGGGCAUUUCCGCGCAAGUCUCCACCGACACCCCGCCCGCGUCUCCGAAACCAGCACCCCGGCAGCCCCUCUUCCACCUCCUCCCGAGCACGCCUCCCAACUCCCCCUCGCACUCGCCCACCCCCUCCCCGGUGCCCAUGGACACCCGCCAGCACCCGUCUGACAAUUUCCUAGCGUCGCGGCCGGCGGAGCUUUUUCUCCAGGACGUUUACGGGUUGAACCUGGGCCGCGCCCCUCACCCCGAUCUGCCGAGCCCCUCCCAGGAAACCCCGCCACUCGCCCCGCUUCCCAAAUUGGGCCGACCCAGGCUCAACUCGGCCAACGUCGGCUUGGUGGAAAGGCUGCGGCAGAUGGGAUUCACCAAGGUGCUCCAGGGUGCGGACUCUGAGGCAUCAAUACCACGCCAGGAGUCUGCCACCUUUGUGUCUGCAGGCGGAGGAAGCCUAUUGGACGGCUUGAGGCGCAACCAGAGCCUGCCCGCCAUGAUCGGCGCACGAGCCGGAAAGUCAGGGGCACACUCGACAAUUCCCCCUCCUCCUCCUCACCCCACCUCUCUGGCCCUCCAGCCUCCACCCUGGCAUCGACAUCUCGCCACCGUCUCCCAAAACCCACCGCCUGGCUCAGCCAAACGCUAAUAGGAAGAGGUGUACAAAUUAUGAACAUAAACCUCCUUUACACCUCCAUCCCCUUCUUCCCUCCCUCAUCUCUCCUCCUUUCUGCCUUUUUUUUGGAGAGAGUCGUCAGGGCAUCCGGUGGGCAGAACAAUCCCUCCUUUUUAUGACUUCAUUUUAAAGCACAAUUUAAUUGAACUGACUGUUUUUAGCGAUACCGCAGUGUCUAUGUGUGUAGGUGUUUGCCAUAAUGCUAGUUAUUAAAAGGCCUUAGCUUGCCUCUAAGUGGGUUAUUCAGCUCUCAGUACCUUCUCGGUAAUGUAUGAAUCUUUAGGUUUAAGUAGAUUUCACACAAGGCUCUGGAUGUUCAGGCACAGAGAGGAGAUGGUAGAGGAGAGAAAGGGUAAUGUGUAAGUGGACGAAGGUUAGCGGAUGUGGUUUAGGAAAGAGAAGAGUCGAGGUAAAAGGCGUGAAGGGAAGUAAAAGAGUGGUAAGAGAAAGUAAGAGAAGGUGAAGAAAGAAAGGCCGAGCAUCCAGAGUCUUGCUACUUCAAGGGCUUGUUCUAUAGUGGGGUUGGGAAGGUAAUCAGCCGACCGUGCCCGUAACACAGUGGAUGGUUAAACGCAAGAUGAACAUGAACACACAGCAUACUGCCAGGCUAAUCUUGUUGUCGGACCAUGCCUCUAACAUGCCAGUGUUAAUAAUCUAAUGAUUUUACAAGUAAAGCAAUGCUGCACGGGUGUCCAUGUGCCGUGCCCCCCUCCCCCACCGCCUCCUUGCAAGCAUCUACUCUACAUCUGCAUGACAUGUCCAAAGCCACCUUUGCAAGUCGCCUACAGGUCCCAGCAUGCACCUGUCGGCAGACGGGCGGGGCCAGGCCUAAGGCGAGGUCAGAACCAAAUGAGGACGCUGCUUUCCCCCCCCCCCUCCUUCAGGUCCUUGUUUUUGCUUUGUGUGUGUGCGUUUUUAUCGGUAAGAGGCCUUAAGUCGAAGCCAGCACUGUUCUGAUUUGCGUUGAAAUGUUUGUAUAUAUAAGUUGCACUCAGUGGGAUUUGAAGGUUAUUUGAGGAUCAUUGCUCGGGUCGAAACAUUUCACAUUUUGGAGGAUCUCAUCGCGUUUUUAAAAAGGAAAAAAAAAACAGGAAUUCUUUCAUUCGUUUAAUUUUGGUUUUUAGCCACCAUGCUUAUCUCAGGCCCACGGGAUGUUCAGGUUCAAUCUGUUAAAGAGGGAAAAACCACUAGCACAUUAUUUUAGUUGUAGAUCACACGCAGGUUUAUUAUGUUUAAAGUAUGAGUUGCUGUUCUGUGUUUUUUUUAAAAAUGUGUUUCAGAGUGCUGGUAUUCCUAUAGAAAGACAGCUGAAAGAUCACACUACAGGCAACUCCAACCAGACUCACCCACCCACUCGCUGCACUUUUACUUUCCUAUUUAACCUUUAUUUUAUCCACAUCACUAUUUGAAAUAUAUAGAUUUUAACAUUCUGAUACUAAUGAGAACAUUAAGCUUAGUAAAAGAAAAGUGUGCCUAUUAUUUAAGGCUGUAGUAAUAAUGUCAGCUAACAUUUUGUCAUAAGAUUUUAAUAUAUAUAUGUAGCAUUUAUUUUUCCUUUUUCAGAUGUUUGAAGCCCACAAAAGGGAAUCCAAAUCUGUUAAAUCAAGCCAAAAGUGUUAUUUUUUACUUUUAAAGAAAUUGAAUAAUCUGGCUAACGUGUGUAUACGUGAUGCUUUUUGUGGUCAUAACAUAUGUAAGAAUUUUAAAAAAGAGCUUUGGUUUAAUGUUUGUAAGAUUGGCGAGAAGAGGAAGUCAAAUUCAGACUGUCAAUAAUCCGCUCCAGUGAAGCCCUGUGCUCUCUUUGAUGUCACAUGGUUAUGAGUUAUCCAGCAGGAGGUUCAAGUUUGGCUAAAAUAUAAAAUGUCCCGUGACUUUUUCAUGCCUCCCCUCCAAGAUCAUGAUCCUCUGUACAAUACUCAUGGCUAUUAUUCAGUUGCCUCUUCUUUUUUUUUAAAUAAAGCGUUGGAAAAUGA